AUGGUAGUUGGUAGCAUGGUUAUUCCAAAAUAUUCUGAUCCUAAGACAAUUUACACCCCAAAAGACAUUCAAUUUGAUAUGUUGUCUGAACACGGUGUGAAUCUAACCUACAUGCAAGCUUGGAGAGCAAAGGAAAAGGCUUUACAGUUUUUGAGAGGUCAUCCUGCUGACUCCUACAGCAAAUUGCCUAGUUAUUUGUAUAUUCUAGAAAAGACUUGUCCGGGACCAGUUGUAGUAGUUGAUGGGACCUUUUUUAAGUCAGCGUACAAGGGAAUAAUGUUAACAGCCAGUACAAUGGAUGCAGCAGGUACCAUAUUACCAUUGGUAUAUGUUGUUGUUGAUUCAAAGAAUGACGCAUCAUGGAAGUGGUUUUUUGAGCAAUUCAAGCUCGCGUAUGGUGAAAGAGAAAACAUGUGUGUUGUUUCGGAUCGGAAUGAGAGUAUCUUGAAGUCAAAGUUCAAGAAGGGACAUCUUAAGCUUAUUGAAUUAUACUUUGCCACGACGCGGUCAGACAUACUUGAUGAAUUUAAUGAAAGGAUGUCAAAGAUUGAGGAGAUUGACCCCCGUGUUAAAGCAUACUUAUACGAUAUUGGAUAUCAUAGAUGGUCUCGAGUACAUGUAACGGUGAGCAGAACUUGGACUAUGACAUCAAACAUUGCAGAGUCGUUGAAUGCUGUAACAAAAUAUGCAAGAAAGCUACCGAUAGUAGAACUAUUAGAGUAUAUGAGGACCCUUCUUGAACGUUGGACGAAAGAAAAAUUAUUGAAAGCAAAGGGUACAUUAACAUACAUUGGAUACAAAUUCAACAAAGAGUUGGAUGACAACAAAACAUUGUCGCACAAGCUUAGAGUGAGGGCUUCAACAGACUACAUCCAUACAGUAAUAGAUGGUGUGAGGCGCUAUAUUGUUUGUCUUGAAAACAAGAAAUAUAGUUGUGGGCAAUUCCAGCUUGAUGAACUACCUUGUCCACAUGUUUUGGUUGUUUUAAAACAAAGGGAUGAGUCCUUUGAAGAAUAUUGUUCUCCUUAUUACACAAGGGCGAACCUCUUGCGUACGUAUGAAAUACCAGUAAAUCUGCUGCCUGAUGAAAGCAAAUGGAAUGUGCCAUAA